AACGGCCACCAUUCGUGCUAAAGAAUGUGUGGCACAGGAGAGGAGAUGGACGGAUAAGAUCCCAUACCACCACCACCCUCUUCCCUCCUCCUCCUCUUCCACCCUCUUCUUCUCUUCAUCGGAAAGAAGGAAAGGAGGAGCAAAGGAGAAGCCACGAACAGAGCAGCGCGGAGACUGAGUGAAGAAUCCCCAUGGCGACGAGCAUCCUCAUGGCCAAGAUCCCAACCAAGGCUACCACAGCCCCACUUCCCCAGAAGCCCAGGUGCUCCCCUGCGACCACCCUCCUCCAUGUUCCGCAGGAGGCGGUCCGCCGCCUCAUCAGCCACCCUCAUCUCAGGUCCGCGGCGCUCUCGGUCUCGACGGCUGCGGCCGCCUUCUCGGCUUCGUCGGCGUUGCCGGCCCUGGCUGCGGAGAUAGAGAAGGCGAAGCUCUUCGACUUCAAUCUGACGCUGCCUAUCAUCGCGGCAGAGUUUCUGGUGUUGAUGUUCGCGCUGGACAAAAUCUACUUCACGCCGCUCGGGAAGUUCAUGGAUGGGAGGGACGCGGCUAUCAGGGAGAAGCUCAACAGCGUGAAGGACACCUCUGCGGAGGUGAAGGAGCUGGACGAACAGGCGGCGGCGAUCAUGAGGGCGGCCCGAGCCGAGAUAUCGGCGGCGCUCAACCAGAUGAAGAAGGAGGUGUCGGCAGAGGUGGAGGCGAAGCUCGCCGAGGGGAGGAAGAAGGUCGAGGUGGAGCUCAACGCUGCGCUCGAGAACCUCGAGAGGCAGAAGGAGGAGACCAUCCGGAGCCUCGACUCCCAGAUCGCGGCCCUUAGCGACGAGAUUGUCAGGAAGGUCCUCCCCCUCUAAGAAGCAACACUCCACUCCAGCUUCGUCUUGAUCAGCUCAAAGGCACCUUUUACAGUAAGAUUGAAGGACAACGGCCAUUCCUGAAACAGCAUCUCGUGUUCAGAGUUGUUCUUUGAAGAGCAUAGUCCAUUGGAAGUUGUAAACUGAAUGCAAGAGAAGUUGUAGCGGGCCGCUCUGGUAGGAUAAGUGGUGCCAUUUUCGACUCAUUUGCCAAGAAUGAAAACCUCAAUUCACAUCACAUUAUCCUAAUUUAUAAACCUUAACUGAAUGUGAUUGGUUGCUUA